AUGACGGUGGAUGCCAUGUCAGGGGGUGUCCCGAGCGGGGUGUGGGCGGGCGGCCGGUGGGACUGCCUGCACGCGGGGGACACGUGCUCCAGCGACGAGGCGUGCAGCCCGCGGCUGCGGACGCUGCGUCAGUGCGUGGCAGGCGACGGCAGCGUGAAGCUGGGCCCCGGGGCCCGGAACCACUGCGAGAAUGCGGUGACGGCGCUCAUGGCCAGCCCACUGCACCGCUGCCAGUGUAAACGGGGCAUGAAGAAGGAGAAGAACUGCCUCAGCAUCUACUGGAGCCUGCAGCAGACUAUAUUGCAUGGGUUUAGCUUGGUGGAGGCCUACCCCUAUGAGCCCAUGGAGAGAGGAAACGAUUACGUACGACUGGCGUCAAUCGCUGCAGAGUCCGAGGCAGGCAUGACGACGGUGAACCGCUGCCUGGACGCAGCCAAGGCCUGCAACGUGGACGAGGCGUGCCAGAAGCUGCGCACCGAGUACGUGUCGGCCUGCAUCGGAGCCUCGGCGUCAGCCCGCGGCGGCCAGCAGCCCUGCAAUCGCGGCCGCUGCAGCAAGGCGCUGCGCAAGUUCUUUGACCGCGUGCCGCCCGAGCACACGCACGAGCUGCUCUUUUGCCCGUGCCACGACAUCGCGUGCGCCGAGCGCCGGCGCCAGACCAUAGUGCCCGCCUGCUCGUACGAGGAGACGCCGGCCGCCGACAAGCCGAACUGCCUCCAGCAAAUGCGCACCUGCAAGGCCGACUACGUCUGCAAGUCUCGCUGGGCCCAGUUCCAGUUCGACUGCCAGCCCUCGGAGCACAGCGCCAGCGGCUGCCAGCACGAGAACUACGGAAACUGCCUGGUUGCCUACACCGGACUCAUAGGCAGCAUAUUCACUCCUAACUACUUGGACAACACCACGUCUAAUGUGGGUCCAUGGUGUUCCUGCGUUGCUAGUGGCAACCACCGUGAACAGUGCCAGGACAUCCUCAGCUUCUUCCAUGACAACGUCUGUCUGAAGAAGGCCAUCUUGGAUUUUGGGAACGGGACGGACCAGAGGGGCGGCCACCCUAGCCAACCGGGAGCGACCAACCUAGCAACAACCACUACCCCGGCAACCAACAGCCAUCACCACCACCACCACCGGCGAACGACAGCCAGCACCACAACUGUCAUCGCCAUGGAAACAGAGCAGAACAUCCUGAGCGCUCAGAUUCCCACACAGCUGAACGAGAGGGAUAGAUUGUGGGGUGAUGACGACACAUCCCCUGCGUCACCUCCAAGUCUCCCGGACAACAAUGGUGUUGGUUCCGCCCACUACCACCGCCUCAUCUGCACCUGGCCCCUCCCCUUCCUGUUGCUGGUCUGGUUUCACUGAGGGCAUCAUGGGAUGUCUACGAUGACAUCACCAUACAAACCAAGUGGACUGGGGGAAAGCGCAUGG